AUGACAAGAGUUAAGCAGGAAGUUAUUCAAAUAGUUGACAUAUGUUUUUUAGAUAAGGCAGAUAUGGGGUUUGCUUUUUUGCGGUCCCAGAAAAGUGUUUCUGAUGAAAAUUUACGAUUAAAAGAAAGACAUUGUUCAAAUGCGUCUAUAGUCAAGGGAGCAUCUUAUUCUCAUACAGAUGCUUUAAAAACACAAAGAUCUCAGUCACCUUCUAAAUCAUCAUACCAUUUGCAAAUAAAGAAUCUUAUAUCUUCGACUAAUGUGCAUCGGAAGAGUGCUACUAGUUUUUCUGAUUAUCUUUCUGAAACAGAUAGUGAUUGGGGCACUAAUAUAGAUAAUGAUAACAACUUUUUGCAAUUAUUCAAGAAGAAUGACUCGUCUGUGUCAUUUAUAUGUGACAAAGUGGCUAGUUCAAAUGAGUCGUCAUAUUUUUCGUCUCCAGAAAAAAAAACAAGGUCUAAAUGUCCAGAUAAUAAACAAUUAAGUUUGGGCUUAGAAGCUAUUUGUUCUUUAGAUCUCCAUAAUAAACUGUUUUUAUCUCUUGAGCAAAGAACUAGUGUAGAAAAUGAAAAAAUAAACUUUGAUGAAGUAAAAGUGAAUCGAUUUAAACAUAUUCUUAAUGAUGCAAAUGUGGACUUGGAUGUUUUGAAAAAAUAUGCAUGGAAUGGUGUACCUGAUGAAUCUCGUCCCGUUGUAUGGAAAUUAUUGUUGGGAUAUCUUCCACGCAAUGCAAAUAGACGAGAAGCUACACUUUCUCGUAAAAGAAAUGAAUAUUAUGAAAGUGUUUUACAAACAUAUGGAAAAGGAACAAAAGAAUUAGAUCAAGUAAUAUGGCAUCAAAUACAUAUUGACGUUUUGAGGACAAAUCCGACUAUUAAAUUAUAUCAAUAUGAAACUACACAAAAAUCUCUUGAGAGAAUAUUAUAUAUUUGGGUUAUUCGUCACCCUGCAAGUGGGUAUGUUCAAGGUAUUAGUGAUUUGGUUACACCCUUUUUUCAAGUAUUUUUAUCUGAAUAUAUUGGUAUGUCGUUUAAAGAAAUAUCAUGUUUUAAUCGAUUAGAUGAUGAUCCUGAGUUAUACGAUCCUGCUAAUUUACCUAAAAAUACGUUAGAUAUUAUAGAAGCUGAUACUUUUUGGUGUACUUCUAAAUUAUUAGAUGGUAUCCAGGAUAACUAUAUUUUUGCUCAACCUGGAAUACACAGGCAAAUUAUGAAUUUAAAAGAAUUAACUGCUAGGAUCGAUUAUCCUUUAUCUGUUCAUUUGGAAAAACAGGGUGUGGAAUAUAUACAGUUUAGUUUCCGAUGGAUGAAUUGCAUACUUAUGAGAGAAAUAAGCGUUAAAAACACUAUACGUAUGUGGGAUACAUAUUUAGCAGAAGGACAAUCUGCAUUUUCAGAUUUUCAUGUUUAUGUAUGUGCUGCACUUUUAGUAAAAUGGUCUUCUCGACUUUUAAAAAUGGAUUUUCAAGAAAUUAUUAUUUUUUUACAAUCGUUGCCUACUCAAAAUUGGACAUAUAAAGACAUUGAAAUACUAUUAUCCGAAGCAUUUUUAUGGAAGAGCCUGUUUAGUGGGGCUAAAGCACAUUUACGAUAG